GGAAAUGGGAGACGGUGACGUGAAAACUGAAAACGCCAUUGAACCCAAAAUUGAAGAAAAUGGAAUAUCGAAGAGUCCACCUGCUUCCCGUCAAAGAGCUGAGAAGAAAUUGCAUCUACACAAAAUUUUCCUUCCCGACUCGUUCAAAACAUAUGUCGUAGACUCUACUAAAGCUUUCGACAAUAUUGUGAAGUUGUUCAGAAGAGAUAUUCAAGAUUUCAAAAUACUAUCAGUAGACAGCGAGAGCACCCAUGUAUCUUUGGCUAGCAGUACCAAUAGUACUAGGAGCAUCGACCUGUUACAGAUUGGAACUCUUGGAGGGAGGGCGUUCUUGUUCAGAUUGGCACUUUUGAAGACUUCUGAGCUGAACUACUUGCGCAACAUCAUGGCAGACCCUGGAAUUGUGAAGAUGGGAUCCCUCUUUCAGAACAAAGCCAGACGACUCUUUAACGAUUGGAACAUCUACGUCUCUAACUGGAUAGACGUACAGAAUGUGGCUCUGAACUGCCUGGAUAAAAGAGUGGUUGGAAAGAGUCAAGGACUCCGCAAUAUGACCAGAGCCUUCGUGGGUGCUGAGUUGGAGGCAUUUGACGUGCAAUCUAUGGGACUGUGGGCAGCAGAGGAACUGACCGAGACUCAGGUGAACUUCGCCGCGCGCAAUGUCAUCGCAAUCAUGGACAUAUUCUGCAGCAUAUACGCAAACAGAUUGAGACUACCUUCUGUGUCGAUAGAAGAGAUCAAACAACACAUUGCGUGGACCAGAUUCUACAGCAGUGCUUUCUACUCCGCAUUCGCAUAAGCAGUGCAACUGCCAAUCAACCAACCGACCAAACAACCUGUUCAAAAACUAGAAUCAUUUUAAUGGCAGUUUGAACAGUUCAGAUAGACAACAUUUUUGCUGCGUUGAAGUUUCCAAUGAUCUGUUGUGAAACAUAUUUUCUGGAGUGAAAAUCUUUAAUUUGUUGCAUGCAAAAUUUCUUCAAAAUUGGUCAUUUGCUAUUUAAA